AUGUGUUUACACAAGUAUUCUCAGUAUCAGGUGUGCCAGCAUAUCGCAUGUGCCAGCAUCGACAUCUGUCCGGAGAUGGUCAACGGGCUGCGCGCUGGUGAUUGCACUGGCCACGGCUUUCUGAACCGCUUCGAGACCUUGGAGGGCGACGGCCGGGAAAUGUGCUUGAAGUGCUCUCAGGUCGGCGCUGACGACCAGGGCCGUUCUGGUCCUUGCGGAAUCCCUGGUCAUGUGCAGGCUCCCCCUCUUCUCAAGGAGUAUUCGAAAAGAUACGCGGAGAGUGCUGCGGCUGCCAACUGCUCGGCAUUUUCAACUGGCCCUGCAUCCGUGCACGCAAACUUAUCCAAUGAAGCUGCAUCACUCAAGACAACCCACAGCCGCAGGUCAGCUCUUUCGUCUUCCGGAUCUUCGCUGGCUUUCCAUUCGACGCACUCGUCUCUCAUGGAAGAAUGCGACGACGGAUAUAUGCCCGAGAUCCAGAGGGAGUUUGAUUGCGCCAGCAGCGACAUCAGCGAGAGCAGCGUCACGAUGGAUGAAGAUGAGGAUUCAGGAUCCGAUGCCUCGCAGCAGUCGGACGCUCCGUUGCCGAGCCUGCCGCAGCUGUCCGAGUCAUGGAGCUUUCUUGUCGACGAUGGCGGCACCAACUCAAGCUGUUCAUCGACCUUCCCUAGUUUCAGCCAGACACGAAGGCCAUAUGACACACUCUUCCGGGGCGAAGACGAAGGCCUCGCUGACGCCAAGCUUGAUGCGUUGAAUCGAUCCCUCGCUGGACGUGAGUUCGUGGAGAGGGAGCUGCCAGACUUGGGACGGUCUGGCUUCAUUCCUCUCAAAGAAAGCCACCUAUAUCCUGCUGUGACUGGCUCCGGCACUGCCAGUGGCGUUACUGCCCUAACUCCGACUUCUGCUCCAGCUAUUCUUCAGGGACAGACAGUUCGCACGGCAUCCAGAGCCUUCCAUGACAGCGUUCGGGCGUCGGCAGAUCCUGCUCGAGUGUAUGAGCACAGUCAGUUCGAUGACCAGCAACCACGCAACGAAUUCCCAAACCGACUCCCAAUCUUUCUGAAUCGAGUCUCUUCCUUGGAACAGCCCGUUCCGUCUGAGAGCCCCCGGCAUCUACACAAUGGACAAUCACAGGUUUACCAUCCGCAGCAAUAUGUCGGCAAUUCCGGAUACCCGAUGAUGAAUACCUCUCAGACGGGCUUCUCUGCAACUUACCAACCUGCAGGGGACAUGCCCAUGCCUGCUCAGCCUUCUUUCCCAGGACAGUCGGCCUACCCCAUCGGUGAGCCCCAGCAGGCCUACUGGAACCAGCCUCCUCAACCGGUGGCUGCAGUCCACAAUCCCCUACAACCGACCCAGGACUUCUCCGGCCCCUCGUUCAGCGGGUACCACGACAGCAAUCGGAUCACGCCACACCACAGACGCGCGCGCCGAUCCACACGCCGGGGCAGAAUUCAAGUCCAACGUGGCGGUCAAACAACCUUCAACGAGUCUCCCCCGCGCUGGUCGCAGGCCGAGGAGGACGCCGUGAAUCGAUGGCGUCCGCAGCAAGUGCUCCAGCAGCCAUCGCUUUUGCCGCCACAGCGACAGCAACAGCAGCAGGUCCCCCACCAACCCAACAACGGGUACUACCGCAACGGCCCCAGCCCUCAGCGGGACCACCGCAACGAGCCUACCACCACUACCACGGCAGGCACAUACCCCACCCAGAACCACUCCAACCUCCUGUCCCUCCGCACCAUCCUCCAGUCCCCCAUCUACCACACCAACCAGGACGAAACCAUCAGCCCUACGGCCAAGGCCGGGUACCCGAUGAGGAACACAGCAGCAGUAAUCCCCACCGCAAUGACUGGUGCCAGCGCCAACGAAUCCAGCACUGAGACUACCUCAACCGGUGCUGCAACCGUUCCUGCUGCGCCCACAUCCAGCGAUGAUAAAUCCGGUGAGGGUGGCGGCAACAGCAGCCGCAGCUACUCGGAGGAUUACUGGAACGGGAAAUUCUUUACUCGGGGGCUGUUUCCCAAGGAGGCCAAAAUGCCCUGGUCUUGGCUUCAGGAGUAG